AUGUGGAAGGCUAUUCGACUGGAAGAGAAGGAUCUGAGCCGGUUGAGCGCGUGCCUCACCAAAGCAUUGACUGUAAUGCAGCAAUUGCAAGUGGAACGACGAUCCGUCGUGAUCAUGCCUGCCAGCUCAGACCGCUUAAGAGUUCACAAGUGA